AGCAAGGCCCGAAUGCCACUGACUACAGCGUACGCAACUACACACUCACACUCGAUCGUCAGUGUGCUGGAGCUAGCUUGAGGUGAGCAGCCAUGGUCCUGUGCAUCAAGUUCCACUUCAGCCCUGCGCCCGCGGCCGCCAUCUUUCUCUCGGCUGUCAUCAUCCUCUCCUGCUUCACCGACCUGAUACCGUUCAAGAGUUACAUCAACUUCCCCUCGGCCUCCUACCUCUCGUCGGCGCCGGUACCCCCCAAGUGCGACAUCUUCCGGGGCGAGUGGGUGCCGGACCCGCACUCGCCGCAGUACACCAACGAGACGUGCUCCUACAUCCAGGCCAACCAGAACUGCAUGUUCUACGGCCGGCCGGACCUGGAGUUCCUCAAGUGGCGCUGGAAGCCGGACGGGUGCGACCUCCCGCGGUUCGACCCGCACAAGUUCCUCCAGAUCGUCGGGAACAAGACGCUCGCGUUCGUCGGCGACUCGCUGUCCAGGAACCACUAUCAGUCUCUCAUCUGCCUCUUGUCCCAGGUGGAGUCGCCCAAGAACCUGGCGGGGACGGGGAGCCUGUACGAUCUAAACAAGAUCAUGUACUUCGAGGGCUACAACUUCACCAUCUACAUCUUCUGGACGCCGUUCUUGGUGAGGACGGAGAAGGACGCCGACAACCCCGGCGCGUCCAGGCUCUACCUCGAUGAGGCCGACGACAAGUGGCUCUCUGCCGUGCCCCGGUUCGACUACGUGCUCCUCUCGGCGGCCAACUGGUUCACGACGGCAACCUACUUCUACGAGCGCGGGCAGCUCGUCGGCGGCCAGUUCGUCGCGCUCAACUUCACCAGCAACCUCACGAACCGGUACUCGCACCGGAUGGCGUUCCGGACGGCGCUCCGGGCGCUCAACGGCAUCGGGUUCCGGGGAAAGGUGAUCGUGCGGACGCUGACGCCGGUAUCUCACUUCGAGGGCGGGCCGUGGAACGACGGCGGGGACUGCCCGCGCACGCGGCCGUACCAGGCCAAUGAGACGGCGCAGAUGAACGACAUGGAGCGGGACUUCUACACGGGGCAGGUGGAGGAGUUCAAGGACGCCGCGGCGCGGGGCCUGGACGUGGCGCUCAUGGACCCCACGGCCGCGAUGCUGAUGCGGCCGGACGGCCACCCCAGCCGGUACGGGCACUGGCCCAACGAGAAGCUGCAAAACGACUGCAUCCAUUGGUGCCUACCCGGGCCCAUCGACGCCUGGAACGACAUGCUGCUUCACAUACUAUCAGAUUAAUUAACACUUUUAUUUGUGCUUAAUAAUGGCAUGAAGAUUCGGUUACGGUUUUAGUUUGCCGCUAUGCAUAUGUUGUGUGGUCCAUGCAUGCUGGUUUGGGCACAGGUUUACUCGAAUUUUGUCCUCUUGCGUAAGCAUUGGAUCAAUGUUGCUGUAUGUGUAAGGCACUAAUUGAAGCAUGAUCCUUUCUGCGGUCCUUGGA